UACUGAAUGUUGGAACAUCACAUCCAGACACACACAUGACACAUCAACUUGCGGUGAUAAUAAUUUAAUUGUUUAUAAAAUAUUAUUGUCAAUAAAUUGACAAAAAAUUUGUUGGAAAAAUUAAAACAGUUAAUUUAGAGAUUAACCGCCAAAUAUUGAGUUAAUUUUUAAUAUAUUUUUACAUGAAAAUUAGACUAUAAAAAAAAAAAAAAAAACAACAUGUCAAGUCAAAAAGAAAUACAAAAUUCUUUAAAAGAAGCACUUUAUGAAACAUUAAAUGGAAUAUUAUCACCACACAGUGAAACAAGACAAGCUGCUGAGCAAAAAAUUCAAGCUCUUGAAGUAACAGAUGAAUUUGGUAUACAUUUAACUGAAUUUGUUGUUGAUAGAAAUGGUCAUUUACCAAUACGACAAUUAUCAUCAGUUUUAUUAAAACAAUAUGUUGAAGUACAUUGGAAUCCAGCAGCUGAAAAAUUUCGUUCACCAGAAUUAACACAUACAACAAAAGAAAAAAUUAAAGAAUUAUUACCACUUGGUCUUCAUGAAUCAAUAAGUAAAGUAAGAUCAUCAGUUGCAUAUGCAAUAUCAGCAAUUGCACACUGGGAUUGGCCAGAAAAUUGGCCAGGUUUAUUUGAUAUUUUAGUUAAUUGUUUAAGUGGUCAAAGUGAAUUUGCUGUUCAUGGAGCAAUGAGAGUACUUACUGAAUUUACUAGAGAUUUAACUGAUACACAAUUGCCAAAUGUUGGUCCAGUUAUACUACAAGAAAUGUAUAGAAUAUAUCAAAGUGAUAGCCAAUAUUCAAUAAGAACACGUGGUAGAGCUGUUGAAAUAUUUACAACAAUAACUGGUCUUGUUGCAUCAACUGGUAUUUAUCAAAAAGGUUUUGUUGAACAAUAUUUACAACCAGUUAUUCCAAUGUUUUGUGAAAAAUUUGUUAAAUCAUUGGCUGAACCAAAUGGACAAACAACUGAUACUGGAUUAAAAACAGAUAUUAUUAAAGCAAUAAAUUGUCUUAUUUGUAAAUUACCAAAAUAUAUAACAAAUUAUUUACCACAAAUAUUAGUACCAAUUUGGGAUAUUUUUGUACAAAGUGCAAAACUUUAUCAAGAAGAAACAGUUAAUGGAAAUGAUAUUAUUGAUGAAAAACAAGUUGAUUCAGAUGGUGAAGUUAUAAAUUUUAAUAAUUUAAUAAUUGCUGUUUUUGAAUUUAUCACAAGUAUCAUUGAAAAUAAACGUUUUUCAAAUCUAUUAUCAAGUUUUAUACAAGAAACAAUGUAUUAUUUAAUGAUAUUUAUGCAAAUAACUGAUGAACAAAUUGAAUUAUGGACAACAAAUCCAAGUCAAUUUAUUGAAGAAGAUGAUCAAACAUUUGCAUUUAAUGUCAGAAUAUCAGCACAAGAAUUAUUGACUGCUCUUGUUCAACAUAAUGAUGGUUCAGUCAAUGCAGUAUGUGAAGUGAUAACACGACACUUUGAAGCUGCAAAUGGAUUACGUUCAACAAAUGAAAAUUCAUGGAAACUUUGUGAAUCAUCAAUUCUUGGAUUAAGUAUCUCCAAGGAAUUUGUCAUGGCUAAGCUACAAUCAGGAAAUUUACAUUUUGAUCUUGUUGGAUUUUUAGAACGUGUACUUCUUGGAAUUUUCAAUGAUCCAAGUGCUCAUCCAUUUUUAUUGGGACGAUGUAUAUGUCUUGUUGGAAGAUAUGCUGGUCUUGGUAGUCCUGAAAUGAUGUCAAAAUAUUUAGAAGCAAUUGUAAAUGGUUUACAAGAAAAUCAACCAAUAUGUAUACGAAUAAGUUCAACAAGAGCUGUAUAUUGGUUUUGUGAAAUAGCACAAACAUCAAAUACUGGAAUUGUUAAUAUUGUUAGAUCACAUUUACCAGCAAUAUUUCAAGGUCUUUUUACAUUAUUAGCAACUCAACCAACAGCUGAAAUUUUAACUCUUAUACUUGAGGCAUAUGUUGUUUUAAUAGCACUUGAUAAAGAUUUUACAGCAAGUGUUGAAUCAAAAAUAUGUCCAUUAACAAUUGCAAUAUUUAUAAAAUAUCAUAGUGAUCCAGAUAUAUUAUUACUUUGUCAUGAUAUAUUUAAAGAGUUAACUGAAAAUGAACAAUGUAUUGAAUCAUUACAAACUCGAAUUAUACCAACACUUGUAAGUAUGAUGUCAUUAAAUCCGUUGGAAAAAAAUCAUGAAGAUGGUAUACGUGCUGUUGCACUUGAUGUAUUACAAGUAUUAGUACAAUAUUCACCAAGACCACUUAGUCAUGUAUUAGUUGAAACUGGAUUUCCAGCAGCAUGUCAUUGUAUAUUAAAUUCAGAUGAUAAUAGUACAUUACAAAGUGGUGGUGAAGUUAUUAGAACUUAUUUAUCAAUUGGUGCACGUCAAGUUAUUGAUCAUCGUGAUAAUGAUGGACGUACUGGUUUACAUUUUAUAUUACAAAUUGUUGCACAAUUAUUAAAUCCACAAUCAAGUGAAUUUACAGCAGCAUUUGUUGGACGUUUAGUAACAACACUUAUAAGACAAGUUGGUAGUAAUUUAGGUGAAAAUCUUGAUUUAUUACUUAAAGCUGUACUUAGUAAAAUGCAAAGAACUGAAACACUUACUGUUAUGCAAAGUUUAUUAAUGGUAUAUGCACAUUUAAUUAAUACUGAAUUUGAUGCUGUAUUAAAUUUUUUAUCAACAGUACCUGGUCCAACUGGUCAAAGUGCAUUAGCAUUUGUUCUUGUUGAAUGGGUUACAAGACAACAUUUAUUUUUUGGUAGUUAUGAUAGAAAAGUAACAACUGUUGCAUUAGCUAAAAUUCUUGAACAUGGUGUUACAAAUGAUGAUUCAAGAUUAAAUGAAAUAACAGUUAAUGGUGAUCAAAUAUUUCCAAAUAACUCUGGUAUACAUACAAGAAGUAAAACACAAUCACAACCAUUUCAAUGGACAAAUAUACCAAUACUUGUUAAAAUAUUUAAAUUAAUUAUUAAUGAAUUAUCAAAUGACAUUGAAGCACAUUGUUCUGGUGAACAAGAUGUUGAUGAUUCUGAUGAUGAUAAUGAUGAUGGUAAUAAUUUAAUUGAUACUGGUGAUAAUGCUGAAUUUAUUAUGAGUAUUAUUGAUGAUGAAGAAGAAAAAGAAGAUGAUGAUCCAGAUUUAAUGCAAGAUUCUAUAUAUCAUUUAAAUUUAAAUCAUUAUUUACGUGAUUUUUUAACUAAUUUUUCAAGUCAUCAUUGUUUUCCAGCAUUUAUACAACAUUUAAAUGAUUCUGAACGUAAAGUACUCAGUAAUUUAACUAUUAAUCAAUCAUUUUUUCAAUAAUUAAAAAUAUUUUCUAUUCUAAAAAAAUUAAUAUACUUUUUUUAAACUUUUUUUCCUUGCUUGUUUUAUAAUUAUAUAUAUUAUGUAUUAUUAUGUACAUUGAUAUAGGUAUAUGUUAUACAUACCAAGAUUGACAAAAAACAUUAUAUAUAAAUAUAAUAAUAAUAAAAGAAAAAAAAAUAAAAA